UCAUCAUAUGCAGCAUAGUUAGGAAAGAUGGAUAAAAUAUUCAAGGAGGUGUCGGUGAAGAAGCUAUACAAGGACUGUAUGUUCUUAGCGAAAUACUUCGGGCGGCGACAAGGAAACGAGGCAGUCCUGAUGGGGCAAGUGCGGCAACAGUUUAAGGCGAACAUGCACGAGCUUGACGACGACAAGAUUAGGGAGCAGAAGGAGGCGGCCAUCCGCGCGCUGCACAACAUGCACCUACUAGAAGCCGACCGCUACGUGCGGGACAAGAAGACGUGAGCGAUGUGAUGGAUGGCAGGGGCUGCGCCGACCCGAGGAGAAGGAGGGGGACGUGCGCACCCAUCCCCGACCUCUCCAGCACCUUGCCUGCGAUGGCGUGCACCGGCUGGGUGACAGACGCCUGCUGGGUGACAGACACCUGCUGUCGCUUCGGUGGCGAGAUCCGGGCUGUGCUCCGGUGCUGGUGAAAGCCGGGGGUGGCGCUAUUGCUGCGGUGCGGCCCCAAGCCUCAGCCCAAGCCUGGUCUCAUAAGGCUGCGAUGCAGAGGGUGGGCAGAGGCAUAGGGAGGGUGGGAGCACGGGGCUGCUAGGAAGCUACCACGAGAACGGCGGGGGUGUGGCGUGCAAGCCCGGGUACCGUAAUGCUGUAGCGCUGAGGCUGCUGACGAAGCAUGGAGGAAGGGCGUCGCCGUGCGGUUGCUUCAGAGUUAGAGGUUCGCUGAUGUUGCUACGGAUGUGGGCAUGAGGUUGCCGCAUGGAGGCAAAGCACGUGCGACUGUGUGAGAACGCAAAUGCCGCGCUGGGACGGGGGAUGGGGGCGGGCCUACCGAGCUGAACGAACGAGACUAACUGCCGUGUUAGUUCAUGGUGGCGGCAUCUCCGCUGCCCCUGGUGGUAGGAUUGUAGCCUUGUAGGAGCAUCACUGAGGGCUGAGGCCUGACGGAGGGGCAUGACGUACCGUAUAACCGUAACCACUUCCCCCUGGCGCUGGUGCCGACGUGCCGUAGGGCAGGGAAUCCAGGGGUUAUCGAGAAUGCCCGCAAGACAAACAAUGCGAUGCCAAGAAAGCCCGCGAGCACAACGUUUGAGAGGCCUGGAGGCUUGCACAGCAGGACAGGGGUGCCGUGUCGUGGGGCUUUUAGUGAUGCCGAUUGCAAUGGUGUUAAUGCCAGUGGUCUGCUGCGGCCCGGCCGCCUGGCUGGCUGCGCACAAUAUGGCAUCUCGGAAGUCGGAACAGGAACAC